CACACCGGAAGCAUUUUUAUUUUUCAUAGCACCGUUUCCGGUGUAAAUUAUUUUUCGGUCUUCCCUUUCUCCUCUUUAAUUUAUUCCUACUUCACAAUGAAAGAUUAUUUGGGAUCUGACCAAAGAAAAGUGAAUGACAACAACAAAGAUGCAGAAGACAAACCGAUACAGGCUCUGGAUGAAGGAGAUAUUGCUUUGUUGAAGACAUAUGGAGUUGGACAGUACAGCAAAUCUAUCAAGAGUGUGGAGGAAGAUAUACAAAAUACAUUGAAAAAAGUCAAUGAACUUGCAGGUAUUAAAGAAUCAGAUACAGGAUUGGCUCCUCCAGCAUUGUGGGAUUUAGCAGCAGACAAACAGACAUUACAGAGUGAGCAGCCACUACAGGUAGCAAGAUGUACAAAGAUAAUAAAUGCAGAUUCUGAUGACCCAAAGUAUAUCAUUAAUGUCAAACAGUUUGCCAAGUUUGUUGUUGAUCUAGGGGACCAAGUAGCUCCAACUGAUAUUGAGGAAGGAAUGAGAGUUGGUGUUGACAGAAAUAAAUAUCAAAUCCAUAUACCCCUUCCACCAAAGAUUGACCCGUCAGUUACCAUGAUGCAAGUGGAAGAAAAGCCAGAUGUUACCUAUAGUGAUGUUGGAGGAUGUAAAGAACAGAUAGAAAAACUCAGAGAAGUUGUAGAGACACCCUUACUUCAUCCAGAAAAGUUUGUCAACCUUGGUAUAGAGCCUCCAAAGGGAGUAUUGCUGUUUGGUCCACCAGGAACAGGAAAGACAUUGUGUGCCCGAGCUGUAGCUAACAGAACUGAUGCUUGUUUUAUAAGAGUAAUUGGUUCAGAACUUGUACAGAAAUAUGUAGGCGAGGGUGCCAGAAUGGUGAGAGAAUUGUUUGAAAUGGCAAGAAGUAAAAAAGCCUGUAUUAUUUUCUUUGAUGAAAUAGAUGCAGUUGGAGGAGCAAGAUUUGAUGAUGGUGCUGGCGGUGAUAAUGAAGUACAGAGAACUAUGUUAGAACUGAUUAAUCAAUUAGAUGGUUUUGAUCCCCGUGGAAACAUAAAGGUUCUCAUGGCAACCAAUAGACCAGAUACAUUAGAUCCUGCUUUAAUGAGACCUGGAAGAUUAGACAGAAAAAUAGAAUUUGGUUUGCCAGAUUUGGAGGGUAGAUCUCAUAUAUUUAAAAUCCAUGCUAGAUCCAUGAGUGUAGAGAAGGAUAUCAGAUAUGAAUUAUUAGCAAGACUUUGUCCAAACAGCACAGGAGCUGAAAUUAGAAGUGUAUGUACUGAAGCUGGAAUGUUUGCCAUCAGAGCUAGAAGGAAGAUGGCAACAGAAAAAGACUUUCUAGAAGCAGUGAACAAAGUGAUUAAGGCUUAUGCCAAGUUCAGUUCCACACCAAGAUACAUGACAUAUAAUUAAAUUAUUGUCAUAGACAUUACAGUUGUUUAAAAUAAAUGUUCAAAUUUUGUAUGAA